AUGGCACAUGUUACAUAUGUUCCUGUUGUGCUGAUGCUAAGCUUUUUCCAACAUAAGACACUGUUUUCUACUGGUUUGGCAAGAGGACAACCAGAUGUAGUGGAUGAACUUCGGCUACAUAAUGAUCUGCAGGUUACCAAGAAAGAGUCACAAGUUAUUCUGUACUGGAACAACAACCUGACAAAAAAAGAGACAGAGAAGUACAGUGUGAAGUAUAUUCUGAGUUACACAUUCUUUGAUACAUUUCAGGAAAGGAAAGAAAGACUACAGGAAAAGAAAAAAAGGAUACGUACUGAGCUACAUACAGGUUUUAAAGCUAAAGUUAAAACACAAGUUUUUAUGAAAGAAACAGAAGACCUAAUUAAGGAGAGCGGCUGGACAGAAUGUACAUACAGAUCUCCUCCAGUAUAUAUUCAGAAUCUUUCAUGCAUCAUAUAUAAUGUUUCUUUUUUCAAUUGCACCUGGCAUAUUAAAGCAGAAGAUCCUGCAGAUGUCCAGUAUUUUUUUUCAUACAGACACAUAGAAAAAUAUUUUGAAUGCCAGCAAUAUAUAAAAAAUGCAAGGAAUAAAAAUAUUGGAUGCCACAUGAAAGAUAUAUCUUUCCAACCACUAAAGAAAAUAAUUUCAAACAUAUCUGUAGUAGAUCUGAGAAAUAAUUCAAGAAGACUGUCUUAUUAUAAAGGUUUUACACCUCAGAAAAUAGAGAAACUGAACCCACCGAUCAACGUCUCUGUUUCCCUUGAAAACAGAAGUAUUAAAAUUCACUGGAAACCCCCACCUACCAUUGGUUCAAGAGAAAAAAAGUGCUUUAAGUAUCAAGUGAAAAUAACAGACAGUAAGAUUGUAGAUGUCAGUGAAGAGAAAUAUGAGUAUCUACUUCUUAGACCAGCAAAAAAAUGUACCGCACAAGUGAGGGCCAAGAAAGAGGUAUGCAUAACGAACAAGAUUUGGAGUGAUUGGAGUGAACCGGUGACUAUUUAUGAUGAAGAAACUGUGGACAGCAUAUUGCUAAGCCUCACAUUGUUCAGCCUUCUGAUUUUCCUUGGAAGUUUGUUGAUAUGUGCAUGUAGAAGGUAUAGGCUCCUGGAAGUUAUAACCACGCCCUUUCCAGGUCCUACAGAUAAAGUUACAACUUGGUUAGCUACAGAUGAGACUCAUCACCAGAAACAAAAUUCAGUGCAAAUGGAGAUGCAGUCAGAGGUCAUACUGAGAAUAUCAGAAGAUAAUGGAGACGAGGACAUUAAACAACAUACAUAUUUGAAAAAAUCUGAAGACCUAAACUGGUUGCAAGACUGUACUCAGAGUGAAGGUCAAUGGCUCAGUGUAUGGAUGGAAAUUGUUGAGAAGUGGUGUCCCUCAGGAGUCAGUACUGGGACCAAUACCUUUAUCAACAACAUUGAUAGAGGGAUCAAGUGCAUCCUCAGCAAGUUUACAGAUGACAGGAAGCUGUGUGGCGAAGUCUACAUGCCUCAGGGAUGGGAUACCAGCCAGAAACCUAGACAGGUGAAGGAAGAAAUAAACUUGAGACGAUUUGCUUUGCUGAACUACAUGUUGAUCAAAGACUUGAUUCACAGUGAUGAUGACAAAAGAACUGAAAAACUAAAAGGUAUAAAAAGGAAGGAAGAACAUCUGAGGGCAGCUAUCAUGGGUAGAGGACUCAGCAGAGGGCCAACGGCUACUUGUGCAGUUUAA